AUGGCUUCGUUGAACGUCAACCGCAACGUCACAGAUCUCUAUUACCGCUACAAGAUGCCUAGAAUAAUGGCUAAGGUGGAAGGAAAAGGCAAUGGCAUACGAACUGUCAUACUGAACAUGGUUGAAGUCGCACGAUCUCUUGGUCGCCCUCCAACUUAUACGACCAAGUAUUUCGGAUGUGAGCUGGGAGCUCUGACAAGGGUCGACUUGAAGAAUGAUCGUUACAUUGUCAAUGGAUCUCAUGAUGCGAAUAGACUACAAACGCUGCUUGAUGGAUUCAUCAAAGAAUAUGUACUAUGCCGUGCAUGCGACAAUCCUGAGACUGUUCUUCUGGUCUCCCAAAAGAGAGGCACGAUCGACAGAACUUGCAAGGCCUGCGGUCAUCUGAGCCACGUUGACCUGACGCAUAAACUAACUGCUUUCAUCCUCAAAAAUCCACCUGAGGAUUGUAAGAAGAGCAAGAAUGGAGGCGGAACCGAAGCUGCCGAUAACAACGAUGACAUAAUGAACCAUAGCCCUACACAUGAGGAAGCAGAUGAUGACGAUUGGUCAGUGGACGUGAGUCCGGAAGCUGUGAAGCGUCGCAUGGAAGACCUGAGCAAUGGUGUCAAGAACUUGGCUGUCACCGACGACCUCGAGAAAACCGAGAAGGAGCGUAUUGAUAUCCUGUAUAAUUACGUGAAAGCGAAGAAGGAAGCCGGAAAGCUUGCGGUCGCUGGAGUUGAUAAAGACAUCUUGAACGAAGCUGAACGUCUGGACGUUAGGGACAAAGGAACAUUGGUUCUCGCCGAGUUGCUGUUCGAUUCAUCCAUCUUGUUACAGGCAAGUUUCAUUGAUUCCAACGCGAAGCUUCACAGACUGCUGUUCCUUCGCUUUUGCCACGAAAAUCCGAAAGCUCAAAAGUACUUGCUUGGUGGGAUCGAGCAAGUAAUUUCAAUGAACAAAGUCCUCUUGCCGAAAGUGAGCCACAUUCUGAAAUCCUUCUACGACAUGGACAUUCUGGAAGAGGACGUUUUGCUGGAUUGGGGUAAAAGAGUCUCGAAGAAGUACGUGACUAAAGAACUGAGUGAAGCCAUUCACACCAAGGCGCAGCCCUUCAUCACCUGGCUGCGCGACGCUGAAGAGAGUUCGUCUGAAGAAGAAAGCGACGAGGAAGAUGAUGUUGAGAUAUCAUACGACGAUCGAGCCUCUGGAGCGAAAAUCAAGCCAGUCGUCCAAACCAACGGCGCGAACCAUAAUGAAGCGGAUGACUUCGACAUAGACACCAUUUGAAAGUCACCGGCCAAAGUUGGAAGAUCAUCAACUACAUUACAAACCGCGUUUGAAAAAGGAAAAUGAUUACGACAAAGCAGAUAGGAAUUCUUGUUUCAAAGACCACAUGCUCCUUGUGGACAUGUGUAUAUUCUAUCGCUUUCAAUUUUACGUGCAGAAAAUCUUGUUCGUUAAUUUGCUGAUUGGCACGUCUGCGUUGGGUUGGUGUUGGGAAUCCUUUUCUUCCACUUUUUUUUAAUGAAUGAAGGAAAAUGUAUUGAAAACGUUCCCUGUCGCAGUCGUCUGGUAUUUCCAGGUUUAACGAAUAAUCACGAUAUGCUAUACUGAAAA